ACUGUUUGUUACCGAGGCCGACAGCGAGCUCCGAUCUCGCGCGAAAUAGAAACAUGGCCCCGGGGUACGUACCCGGGAGUUAAAUCCCACAGUUAGUCUGUCUAAGCUCAUUUACGUAGGAAAGCCGACGAGAGGUGGUAAACUGUCCUUGUUCUCAAACUAAAACAGCGUGUGUCUCCGAGAGAAAAGACGACCAAGGUCAGACACGGUUAAUCUGGAUGUCAACGUUCAACUUGGAGACAAUCUAACAAUAAUCUCCAUGUAACGCGGGAGAACGCACAGAGGCUUACCAAGUAGGAAGAAUUAUAAGAGCACUAACUCUGGACUAAGGACAAUAUCAACGACUGGACAAUGUCCUCUCCUCAUACACCAGUUGCUUCUCCACCCAUAUCUCAAAACGGACAUACGUUUUCCAAAAUAUCCGGAGUUCCGUGCCCAGCGACGCCGACCCGCUACACAGCGCCUGUCCACAUCGACGUCGGCGGGGUGAUAUAUACGUCGUCAUUGGAAACGCUCACAAAAUGCCCCGAGUCCAAACUAGCACGUAUGUUCAAUGGAAACAUUCCUAUCAUUCUGGACAGCCUCAAGCAACAUUACUUCAUCGAUCGGGACGGCAAAAUGUUCCGUCACAUCCUCAACUAUCUCAGAUCCUCACGACUAAUGUUGCCUGAGGGCUUCCGUGAGUACGACCAGCUUAUUGAGGAGGCGCGAUACUACGAUCUACACGGUAUUGUAAGGGAAGUGGAGAUAUUGCGCAGGUGCAAGAACAUCAAAACGGAGAAAUCGGAAGUAGGAAGUUCAGUUAAUGCGCAGAAGCAGCACCAACCACAACAAAUUCGCAGUGGCGAGUUUUCCGACUGCAUUGCCGUAAGUAUCAGCCCCGAUCUUGGCGAAAGGAUUUCUCUGAGUGCCGAGAAACAUCUUCUAGAAGAGGUUUUUCCCGAGCUCACUUCAGCUUUAAUGGAUUCAAGGAACUCUGGAUUUAACCUUGACAACCGCUACGUUAUUCGUUUUCCUGUCAAUGGCUUCUGUAAACUGAAUUCAAUUCAAGUCCUGCAGCGACUAUUUAACCACAGAUUUCUAGUUCACGCUUCCACGGGGGGAGGCGUCGAAGGUCAACAGUUCACAGAGUACUUGUUCCUCCGAACCAAUUGCAAACUGCCGUAGGAACAAGUUGGUUAACAAACGUUUUUGCGUUUUAAACGGAUGAGGAAAUGACAACUAUACAUGACAUUUGUAAAUAAAAAACGUUGUUGACUUGUUCUACGACAGAAAAGAAACUGUCACUGGCUUUAAUGAUACUUCCCGAGAGUCACAUGACUUCUUUAGUCAAUAGGAAGUUCAAAGUGGCGUACAUACCAGGAUGUCGUACGGAUGCCCGAACCGGAUAAAUGUGGCCGGAAGUUCACAAUUCAAUUCCAAAUUUACAUUCAGAACAGUUGACCAAAAUGUGUUUCAAUUUUGGAUCCGACUGAUGAUAGUCCCAUUGUUGUGUAAGACUGUUACAUGUUAUGUGUUUGUAGUAGACACUGGCACAAUCUAUUUGCUUUGACCGAUACUUGAGUUCCGUGUUACUUUGUAUCGUUAUCGUUUGGGUAAUACCUACGUUUUGAUGACGCAAUUGUUAUAAGCGGUCUAGCAAGGCGCGUGUUGUUUAACGAGAAAUGUUAUUAUUAUUAGUGGAAUUUAUAGUUGCGCUUGUCAAUUUCUACUGGUAAACAGGGUUACCAAAUACAAAUUAUAAUGAAACAAUCCCACCUAAUUUUCUGUAAUAAAUUCAAUAAUGUACAUCGAUAUGGUGAUCAUUUAGAACUAUCAAUCUCCCUAUCGAGUUUAGGUCGCGACGCCGACAAAGCGAGAUUAGCAUUGCCGAUGAGUGUUCUUAUUUUGGCGUGUUUAUGUGAUAUUUCGUAAUUCAUCAGUCUGUUAUGCAGCUUUUGAUUUGUACCUGGGAUUCUUUACGUAAAAGAACAUCUUGAAAUAUCGAAAUAUAACGUCACUAGACAACUUAUAGUUAAACAUGUAUAUUGGAGUUUGAAGAGAGAAGUGUUUUGUGGCCGGGUGUCGCAGUGUUUUGGAGCGAGAUUUUCUCCCCGUCAUUUAAUUACUAAUUUUUACCUUUUUUCUAAGUUUUAUUAACUGGGAGAUUAUUUGUACUAUUAUGAACUAGUACCGAUUCAGAUUAAAGUGACUAUAUCUGUAGAUUUCAUACUCAUUAAAUAGCGAUCUCUUGUUAUAAUAGUGAAAUGACUUUAAGAACUAGCUAUACACGAGCCUUUACUGUAACAACCAUCCUAUCAAGAUAUGUUUACAGGGGUUAAAACAUUGUUUACCUUGGAUGAUGUUUGUAAACAAUGCUGUACGCUCUGCUUAGGAGCGACGGUAAUAUACAUAUAUAUGCAUUCUUGUAGGACCUAACGACUUGUAAUGCUUACAAACCAUGGAAACUUUUGUUUUGUAAUUUAGGAAAAAUAUUAGUUUCACUGUAUAUAUGUAUUUUUUUUUAAAUAUUACGCAUAGUGUAUUUUCGGACUUUGAUUUUUGCGGUUAUAGUCGCUUUAAUACCCUUGUUAUGGAUUGUUUCGUUUUCAUUUUCUACAAAGAACAGAUGCCAAUUAUUUUACCUGAAUUUGAAUCUUGAAAUCCAUUUGCUUUUACUUCUAUAUUGAAUGUGCCAUUAAAAUGAUCAAAUUUC